AUGGUAAGAACCCCAUCUUGUGACAAAAGUGGACUGAGAAAGGGUACUUGGACUCCUGAGGAAGAUAGAAAAUUAAUUGCUUAUGUUACAAGAUAUGGUUCCUGGAAUUGGCGCCAACUUCCCAGGUUUGCAGGUCUGGAAAGAUGUGGGAAAAGUUGUAGAUUGAGAUGGAUGAAUUAUCUCAGGCCUAACGUCAAAAGAGGCAACUUCACUCCACAAGAAGAAGAUUGCAUCAUAAGAAUGCACAAAAAACUUGGUAACAGGUGGUCGGCUAUUGCGGCUGAGUUACCAGGAAGAACAGAUAACGAAAUAAAAAACCAUUGGCACACUACUCUGAAGAAAAGGUCUGAACAAAAUACAGUAACAAAUGAAGAAGCUAGAGCCUUCAAAUCAAAGAAUAAAGAAUCCAACCCCAAUGGUUUUACUGUUACUCUUCCAUCCAAUUCCGGGACUUCUGAUAAUGCAUCAGCCUCAGUCUCACCACUCUCAUCCUCCAGCAGCGUGUUUUCCUCCACAGCUUCAGAUGAUUGCAGUGGUGCCAGCAUGAAAAGUUUGGUUUUUGAAGAUGAUGACUUUGGCUUUCUGGAUUCGUACAUGGAGCCGAUGAAUGAUAGUUUCUGGAGCGAGCUAAAUCUGGAUGACAUCUCCUACAGUGCAGCAUGUGAAAUAGUUUCAGGAGAUAGCAAUGGCGCAAUUCAAAGCAGUGAUACUAGCGUUAAUGAUUGUUGUGCAAUGUCUCCGCAUGGAUCAAGCAGCGAAAGUAUUGUUAUCGAUAAUGGCUCUGGCAGUUUUCUGGAUGCAUAUGCAGAGGCAACAGUUGAGAACCUUUGGAUGCAGCCAUAUGUGGCUGACAUGUCCCACGUUCCAAGCGAACUUCUUGUCCCUUCCGUUGUAGAAUCUGAAUAUUUUACUCCAAUCUACUAUGAUCUCUGGGGAUAAAGUCAUUUCUAUUACCAGUUGUUUUUAGAGAAACCAUAGUUUUGAGAGUAUUAUACACAGUUAUGAAUAACGACAUAAGAUAACUCUUGUUACUUAUUCGAGGUGUGUAU